AUGCGGCAGUUGUCGCUGCAGGAGGUGGCGGCGGCUGCUGCUGCAGAAGGUGCGGCAGCUGCUGCUGCAGGAGAUGCUGCGGCGGCUGCUGCUGAAGAUGCGGCAGCUGCUGCUGCAGUAGAUGCUGCGGCGGCUGCUGCUGAAGAUGCGGCAGCUGCUGCUGCAGUAGAUGCUGCGGCGGCUGCUGAUGAAGAUGCGGCAGCUGCUGCUGCAGUAGAUGCUGCGGCGGCUGCUGCUGAAGAUGCGGCAGCUGCUGCUGCAGUAGAUGCUGCGGCGGCUGCUGAUGAAGAUGCGGCAGCUGCUGCUGCAGUAGAUGCUGCGGCGGCUGCUGAUGAAGAUGCGGCAGCUGCUGCUGCAGUAGAUGCUGCGGCGGCUGCUGCUGAAGAUGCGGCAGCUGCUGCUGCAGUAGAUGCUGCGGCGGCUGCUGAUGAAGAUGCGGCAGCUGCUGCUGCAGUAGAUGCUGCGGCGGCUGCUGAUGAAGAUGCGGCAGCUGCUGCUGCAGGAGAUGCUGCGGCGGCUGCUGCUGAAGAUGCAGAAGGAGCCGCUGGAGAAGAUGCAGCAGCUGCUGCUGUUGUAGAUGCAGCGGCGGCUGCUGCUGAAGAUGCGGCAGUUGCCGCUGAAGAGGGUGCAGUAGUUGCUGCUGCUGGAAAUGCAGCGGCAGUUGCUGCAGAAGAAGCGGCAGUUGCUGCUGCUGAAAAUGCAGCGGCGGCUGCUGCAGACAAUGCGGCCGUUGAUGCUGCAGGAAAUGACGCGGCGGCCGCUGCAGAAGGUGUGGUUGCGGCUGCUGCUGGAGAUGCAGCGGCGGCUGCUGCAGAUGGCGCGGCGGCUGCUGCUGCUGCAGCUGCAGUGGCGACCAGGCCGCAAACCGGCGGCAACAAGGCCGCGAAUCGGCGGCGACGAGGCCGCGGCCGGGCGGCAGCGACGCCGCAAAAGUGUUGA